GUGUGAGUUGGUGGGGGCAGGUCUGCAUUGCCGCUUCCCCUGGUACCCGGAGCAGUCGCCGCCGCCGCCUGAGCCCGGCGGCCGGGACCCCCGCCCUCACCCGGGACUCCCUUACACGGGGGCCCCAGCCCAGGUCUCCAGAGGCUCCUGGAAGAGACGUGGACAGCCCUUCCUGAGUUAUCCUGGCUCUCCAGCUUAGCCUCACCAACCUGGCUCCUCCUCCCUUUCCCAUUCCCCCAUAACCCCUCUCCUUUCCCUGUCCACCCAGGUGAACUGGGUUUAGGCCAAAGUUCCUCCUUUCUUCUUGUAGACACUCACUGACCAGGUCCUAUUUCCUCUUUUCUGUGCCCAAGGAUACAUCAGCACGCUUGAUCUACGUAGCCAGGGAGCAGGGUCCUGACCCCACGAGUCCUUGAGUCCUUGAGCAAAACACCAAAUAAGAAGCAGGGGAGAUCUGGUGACGUGUCCCUAAAGCGCCAUCAUGGAAGAAGGCUUCCGAGACCGGGCAGCUUUCAUCCGUGGGGCCAAAGAUAUUGCCAAGGAAGUCAAGAAGCAUGCAGCCAAGAAGGUGGUGAAGGGCCUGGACAGAGUCCAGGACGAGUAUUCCCGCAGAUCCUACUCUCGUUUUGAAGAGGAUGAUGAUGACGAUGAUUUCCCUGCCCCCGCUGAUGGCUAUUACCGUGGGGAAGGGGCCCAGGAUGAAGAGGAAGGUGGUGCAUCCAGUGAUGCCACCGAGGGUCAUGAUGAGGAUGAUGAGAUCUACGAGGGGGAAUAUCAGGGCAUCCCCCGGGCAGAGUCUGGGGGCAAAGGCGAGCGGAUGGCAGAUGGGGCCCCCCUGGCUGGAGUGAGAGGGGGCUUGGGCGAUGUGGAGGGUCCUCCUGGAGGCAGGGGGGAGGCAGAGCGGCGGAAAGAGAGAGAAGAACUGGCCCAGCAGUAUGAGGCCAUCCUUCGGGAGUGUGGCCAUGGCCGCUUCCAGUGGACACUCUAUUUUGUGCUUGGUUUGGCGCUGAUGGCCGAUGGUGUUGAGAUCUUCGUGGUAGGCUUCGUGCUGCCCAGUGCUGAGAAGGACAUGUGCCUGUCUGACUCCAACAAGGGCAUGCUGGGUCUCAUUGUGUACCUGGGCAUGAUGGUGGGAGCCUUCCUCUGGGGGGGUCUGGCUGACCGGCUGGGUCGGAGACAGUGUCUGCUCAUCUCGCUCUCAGUCAACAGUGUCUUCGCCUUUUUCUCAUCUUUCGUCCAGGGUUAUGGCACUUUCCUCUUCUGCCGCCUUCUUUCCGGGGUUGGGAUUGGAGGGUCCAUCCCCAUUGUCUUCUCCUAUUUCUCGGAGUUUCUGGCCCAGGAGAAACGUGGGGAGCAUUUGAGCUGGCUCUGCAUGUUUUGGAUGAUUGGUGGAGUGUACGCAGCUGCUAUGGCCUGGGCCAUCAUCCCCCACUAUGGAUGGAGUUUUCAGAUGGGUUCCGCUUACCAGUUCCACAGCUGGAGGGUCUUUGUCCUCGUCUGCGCCUUUCCUUCUGUGUUUGCCAUUGGAGCUCUGACCACGCAGCCUGAGAGCCCUCGCUUCUUCCUGGAGAAUGGGAAGCAUGAUGAAGCCUGGAUGGUGCUGAAGCAGGUUCAUGACACCAACAUGCGAGCCAAGGGGCAUCCUGAGCGAGUGUUCUCCGUAACCCACAUAAAGACGAUUCAUCAGGAGGAUGAGUUGAUUGAGAUCCAGUCAGACACAGGGACCUGGUACCAGCGCUGGGGGGUCCGGGCCUUGAGCCUGGGGGGGCAGGUUUGGGGGAAUUUCCUCUCCUGUUUUGGUCCAGAAUAUCGACGCAUCACCCUGAUGAUGAUGGGUGUGUGGUUCACCAUGUCAUUCAGCUACUAUGGCCUGACCGUCUGGUUUCCUGACAUGAUCCGCCAUCUCCAGGCGGUGGACUAUGCAGCCCGCACCAAAGUGUUCCCUGGGGAGCAUGUAGAGCAUGUGACUUUUAACUUUACACUGGAGAAUCAGAUCCACCGAGGAGGGCAGUACUUCAAUGACAAGUUCAUUGGGUUGCGCCUGAAGUCAGUGUCCUUUGAGGAUUCCCUAUUUGAGGAGUGUUAUUUUGAGGAUGUCACAUCAAGCAACACGUUUUUCCGGAACUGCACGUUCAUCAACACUGUGUUCUAUAACACUGAUCUGUUUGAGUACAAGUUUGUGAACAGCCGUCUUGUGAACAGCACAUUCCUGCACAACAAGGAGGGCUGCCCACUGGAUGUGACAGGGACGGGUGAAGGUGCCUACAUGGUGUAUUUCGUCAGCUUCUUGGGGACACUGGCUGUACUUCCUGGGAAUAUCGUGUCUGCCCUGCUCAUGGACAAGAUUGGCAGGCUCCGCAUGCUCGCUGGCUCUAGUGUGAUGUCCUGCGUCUCCUGCUUCUUCCUGUCUUUUGGGAACAGCGAGUCAGCCAUGAUCGCUCUGCUCUGCCUUUUUGGGGGGGUCAGCAUUGCAUCCUGGAACGCACUGGAUGUGUUGACUGUCGAACUCUACCCCUCGGACAAGAGGACCACGGCCUUCGGCUUCCUGAACGCCCUGUGCAAGCUGGCAGCUGUGCUGGGGAUCAGCAUCUUCACAUCCUUUGUUGGAAUCACCAAGGCUGCCCCCAUCCUCUUUGCCUCAGCUGCUCUUGCCCUUGGCAGUUCUCUGGCUUUGAAGCUGCCUGAGACCCGGGGGCAGGUGCUGCAAUGAGGGGGUCUCUGGGGCUUCGGAGGUGGCAGGUACACUGUGAGACCAACAGCUCCUUCUUCCCCUGCCCUGCCCUCUUAGCCCCCAGAGCCUUCACCCACCCACCUUUACCCACCCACUUCCUAGUCCCGUGUUUGGUGUCUUAGCUGUGUGUGCGUGCGUGUGUGCAUGUGUGUGACCCCCGUGGGCAGGGACUGCAGGGAAGGCUCCAUCAUCCCACGUUUGGGAUGAAAAUCUAUUCUCCACCUCCUAACGACCUUGAUGUUGCACAACAGAAGACUCAUCCCACCCUUGUCUCCCAGUGUUAGUGAGGGGACCUUGCUCUUUCCUGUUCCAGGGUCUCCAGAAAAGGCUUUCCUGCCUUCUCCCUCAUUCCCUCUGCCUAGGCCCUGGUGAAACUACAGGGUAUGAGGUUAUGCUGGGGGCUGGGGCUUGGGUGCAGACCUUGGACCAAAAGAACUGCUUAGAGUCAGAAGGGCCUCGGGUGCCUUCUCACACCUCCCAUUUGAUGCUGGGGGAGUAGCAAUAAACCUCAGCCUCUGGCCUCCAUUUUCCCCUCAUUCUGGGCUUUGUAGCCUGAGGCUUUUUUUGUUUGUUUGUUUGUUUUUAAAGCUUGAAUUUUAUGAAGUUAGCAUUCUGAUGCUUAUUUAUAUAUUAAGUUCUAAGGCAGCUCAGCAGGACUGUGUGUGUGUGUGUGUGUGUGAAUGCGUAUGUACACUUAUGUGUGUGGAUGUAUGUGCCAUGGGGGGGGGGUGUCACUUAUACUGUCCUAAAAUAUAAGCCAAGGAUAAUUUAAUGGACACACACACAACCCUGCCUCCCAUAGUCUCUCCCUUACUCGUUUCUUUUUCGGGCCUGGGAGGGAUGAGUCCUAGGCCAGGCUGGGGUAAGAGUCCCACAGUCUAGGGAGAUCUGAGGGCACCAGACUAGGUCCAUUUUUUCCCUUCCUCUCAAGAAGCACAGGCCUCUCGAGUGAGAGUCUCCACUCACUAUAGCACAGAGAGGCACAGCACAGCUGCCCUUUCACUCCCCUAACCUGUUCCGUCAGUCAGGGGAACCAGGGAGGCAAAGAAACCAGGCAUAUGGUCAAACCAGCAGAUCAAAAAGCACAAGGAGCUGGGGGCAGGGGCAGGAAGCAGGGGACCUCAGCAAUUCCUCUAAAAGUGGGGGCAGUGAGGGACCCCCAACGCAGGGACCAGAAGCCUCAGUUUCUCUUACCCUUCCACACAACAGCCCCUGUAGGUUAAGCUGCCCCCAUUCCACCCUACUCUGUGUGGCUGCUUUCUCUGGUACCCCCCGCCCCCACCGUAGCUGUGACGUGUUGUAGUUUUCAGCUGUUUGUAAAAUGUUUGAAAAAGGAAAAAAGUGAAAACAACAAAAAAGGAAAAUCCAAAUCCACCCUCCUUUUGCUGCGUCUAGUGCCCCCACCCUACGGUCAGGCCCCCAUUUGGUAACACUGAACCAGGUGGUGACUGUUUAACUCUUUGGUGUCUGUGCUCAAAGGACUGCCUUCGCCUCCAGUGCCCAGCGUACGAGUGUGUGCCCUCUUCCCUCACCCUUCACUUGCUGGAUGCAGCCCUCUCCCCUGCAUCCCUGGGAGGGACUCAUCCAUCUUCCUUACUCUCCUGGGGAGCCCUAAACCCAACUCUGUUGUUGUGAAAAAUGAAAUGAAAAAUGAUGAAACAUAAAAGGAAACAAAUCCUUAA